AUGACCAUAAGCCCUCUAUCCCACACAUCAUCUGUAUCAGAUUACAGUUUCUCUAUGUAUAAGGGUGCUCCUCCACCUUUGCUACGAGUGCGCAUUUUGUGGAAAAUGGGGUUAGUGACACUCUUUGUUGGGUUCUUUUUGCUUUCUUGUGUCGUGUGCGGGAAGGGUGUGGAGCCAAAAGCCUCACCCACUUGCACAUUUCCUGCAAUCUACAACUUUGGGGACUCCAACUCGGAUACCGGAGGCAUAUCUGCCUCAUUUGUGCCAAUUCCUGCACCUUAUGGCGAGGGCUUCUUUCAUAAGCCUUCAGGAAGGGACUGUGAUGGCCGUCUCAUCAUAGAUUUCAUAGCUGAGAAGCUAAACUUGCCAUACUUAAGUGCUUAUCUGAAUUCCCUUGGAACCAAUUACCGGCAUGGGGCAAAUUUUGCCACAGGGGGAUCCACCAUUAGGAGGCAGAAUGAAACCAUAUUUCAAUAUGGGAUAAGUCCUUUCUCACUUGAUAUUCAGAUUGUGCAAUUUAACCAGUUCAAAGCACGCACCAAACAACUCUACGAAGAAGCCAAAACCCCAAUUGAGAGGAGCAAGCUUCCAGUGCCAGAGGAGUUCUCUAAGGCUCUCUACACUUUUGACAUUGGUCAAAAUGAUCUCUCAGUUGGCUUUAGAAAGAUGAAUUUUGACCAAAUACGUGAAUCCAUGCCAGAUAUUGUCAACCAGUUAGCCAAUGCAGUCAAAAAUAUAUACCAGCAAGGAGGGAGGUCAUUCUGGAUACACAACACUAGCCCCUUUGGCUGCAUGCCGGUACAACUAUUUUACAAGCACAAUAUACCACCUGGCUAUCUUGACCAGUAUGGAUGUGUGAAGGAUCAAAAUGAGAUGGCUACUGAAUUCAACAAGCAGCUGAAAGACCGAAUCAUCAAACUGAGGACAGAACUCCCACAGGCUGCAAUUACUUAUGUAGAUGUCUAUGCUGCAAAGUAUGCACUAAUCAGUAAUACCAAAAGUGAAGGAUUUGUGGAUCCAAUGAAGAUCUGUUGUGGGUAUCAUGUGAAUGACACACAUAUUUGGUGUGGGAAUUUAGGGAGUGCAAAUGGGAAAGACGUGUUUGGUUCUGCUUGUGAAAACCCUUCACAGUAUGUAAGCUGGGACAGUGUUCAUUAUGCAGAGGCUGCUAACCAUUGGGUUGCUAAUCAUAUACUCAAUGGCUCUUUCACAGACCCACCAACACCUAUCACUCAAGCAUGUAACACCCAUUAA